AUGGCUGCAGCCAAAGGAACCGUCAUAAUUACUGGCGCAAAUGGUGGACUUGGCAGUGCUAUUGCAAAGCAACUUGUCUCCCAGCCAGAGUUUGUGAACUACCAUGGAAUCUACCUGGUCCGAGACGCGAAUUCUGCGCCUGAGCUCAAUGCCGCGCUCGCUAUCAGCUCAUCGCACCCUCACGAUGUCUUGUCGAUGGACUUGACAGAUCUGGAUAGCGUCCGAAAGACGGCGGAAGGCGUUAACUUGCGAGUUUCGGCGGGCAAUAUUCCCCAAAUCAAAACAUUGAUUCUCAAUGCCGCGUUUCAGGAUUUCGGCAAACAGACCUGGACAAAAGAUGGCUUUGAUACUACAUUCAGCGCUAACUAUCUUGGACAUUGGCUUCUGACAAUGCUCUUACUAGAGAGCAUGGACAAAGAAUCUGGGCGAAUUCCAGUCUUACGAGUAAAGUCCCCACCGGCUCUCAUGAUAUUGUUGAAUCUUGAGCUAAUGGCCAUGUUCUGUUCCAGUCCCCGUGAUAAGAGAAAUGAACGAAGCAAGGCAUUCAUCGACGAGAAAUACAAGACUAUAUUCCACGACCAAGCUGGUGUAGAGGCCAUCGCGAAGGGAAAUUGGAGUUCGGCGCAAGAGGACCCAUCCUGGCGCAGCGGAUAUCGUCGAUACGGCGCCUCGAAGCUUUUCCUGAUCAUGAUGAUGCACGAGCUUCAGCAUCGUAUGGAUCAAGAUCCUACAUUUGAAAAUGUCUGCAUACUGGGCGUCGAUCCUGGCACUAUGAGUACUAGUCUAACGCGACAUGCUUCAUGGGUCUUUCGCUUCAUAUUUCAUGUCAUUGUGUCUCUUCUGAUAUUUUUCAUGCCGGAUGGGCCAAUGCAUACAACCCAGAAGUCAGCAUCGCACAUUCUGCAAGCUGCGUUUGAUUCAAACCAAGUGAUGGGCCAGUCUCCGAAAGAUGUGUAUUUAGAUGGGGUAGAUUUAUCGGAGACGAGCGAUGAGUCGGGAGAUGUCCGAAAGAGAGAUCUAUUGUGGAAAGAGAGUGUACGUUAUACGGGAUUGAAGAAGGGGGAGACCGUUCUACAAAAAUGGGAGUAA